AUCUCUUCUUCAUUGACUUGUGGUGAGAAGUAGUAAAAUAUGGGUGCUCUCAACUAUCUCUUGAAGUUGUGCACUUCCACCACAACCAGAAACAAAAGGAAAUCAAUGCAGACGGUUGAGAUCAGAGUGAAAAUGGACUGUGAUGGAUGUGAGAGAAGAGUAAAGAAUGCCAUCAAACACAUCAAAGCAGGAGUGAAAUCCAUCGACAUAAACCGAAAGCUAAGCCGUGUGACAGUGAAUGGCUAUGUUGAUCCCAACAAAGUUUUGAAGAGAGUGAAUAACACAGGAAAGAAAGCUGAAUUCUGGCCUUUUAUUCCAUACAACUUUGUUCAGAACCCUCAUGUCGCUCAAGUUUACGACAAAAAGGCACCAGCUGGCUUCGUACGGAACGUUCAGGGUGCCACCGCUCCUGUGCCUAAUGCAACUGAAGAAGCCAUGACAUAUCUCUUCAGUGAAGACAACCCUAAUGCUUGCUCUAUAAUGUAAUUAAUUAUUAUAUUUUUCAUUAGUUAUUAUAUAGAGGUGUUCCUCUGCCUUGUGGUAUGAGGGUUUUUCCUCUUUUGGAAAGAGGCUAUUUUGACUUUUAAACGUAAGAUGAUGAGCGAGAAUAAUAAGUAUUUGAGGCAUAUAUGAAAUGAAACCAAGUUCUA